UACCGUUGUUGUGACUUUCUACCGUGAAUCCGGUGCAUGGAAGCAUCGCUUGACAUGACCCAGAACUCAAUGAUAUCGGUGGCUGUCUCCAGACCGGCGGAUUUGGAUCUCAGUAACCUCAUCCCGAGAACGAGGCCCCAAAUGCUCUCGAGUGACGUAGCGUACAGUUUCGAAUCGCAUGAGCCCGACUAUCAGCGGGUGGACUGCGGAUCCCCGAUCAUGACGACCGGGAAUAUCGUGUGCUCCGAUACAGAGAGUGGGGAACUGUCACAGGAGCCGCGAAUCGUCAUCGGUGUCAGGUUCAUCCCAGAUUUCCCUCGUCGGAACUCAGAACCGUCCCACGGAGUAAUCAUGGGCUCUAUUCUCAUCGAAAAACAGGAAGAACACAUGCCAGCCGAUGAAGUUCGAAGGAUACUCCUCUGCCAGCUCCCCGACGCUCCAGUGAAAUUCCUCUUCCUCUCCCGUGAUGGAUCUCCAAUAAAGAUAAAACAAGAGCGGAACGUGACGCUGCAGUGUCUAAUUGCUGAAAAUCAAUCGCUGCGUCUCGUGAGACAAUAUGAGAAACACAAAGUCGGCGUCCAAUCCGAUCGGAAUCGGAAAUUCGGUUACGUCUUCGUCGAGAACAACAUGGUCUUGCGGCAGGUCCGUGACGUGAUCUGGGAGCAACUCUUCAUUGACCAACAGGGCUUCGACGACGUUCCCUCUUCGAACAACUCAUUUAAUUUCCUUGACUCGUAUGGCUUCCCGAUCGUCUCAAAACAAGAGGUGUUCUUCACCGUGCUCGACAUAGUUCACAACUACACUAUCACAAUCCAAACGACACAAAGAUUCUGUGCACUGGAUCAGAUCGAUCACUCGGAUAGGGAGAAGAUUGAGCCUGUGAAAGUGCCGUCUUUCGCCAAGGUGCCGCUGCGGCAACCCGAAGAUAAGGACACGCCGAAAAGAUCGAAUAAGAGUGUCAGCAUACACGAACCUAACGAUUUGAAAUGGGAGAUCUUGAUCAGUUAUGCCCGAAAAGAGACCGAGGAGCACGCACUGCAGCUGAAGGAAGAACUGACCAAGAAAAAUCUCCGAGUAUUCCUCGACGUUCAUGAAAUCAACGGCGCUGACGACUGGGCCGAUUCCUUGAACAACGCCAUUAAAAAUUGCAAAAUUUUUGUGCCAUUGGUCUCUCCGCUCUAUGGUAUCACGAAAUGGACAAACCGUGAGGUGAAGAUGGCCGACAAGCUGGAAAAGAAGAUACUUCCGGUUUCGUUUGUUGAUAGCUGGCCUCCAGACUGUCUCGCUAUCCAAUUAGCUACGAUUCAGUACAUUCACGCGUAUAAGGGAACGACAGAUCACCACGACGAUGAGGGAUAUUCCGGGGAUUCGCAUAGUACUAGUCUUCCUCUGACGCCCACCAAAAAAUGGGACGCCAAGCACGUCAAACGCGUUGCUGACGACAUUUCGAGGAUUUUCAAAGCUGAAUGUGACAAAGAGCGGAAGAAUGCCGUGCGUAAAUCUGUCAAGAGGAUCAGUAGCUCUCGCCCAACGCCUCGGAAUUCGGUCCUGCUGCAGACGCCUGUCGAGGAGGUCGCCUCCUUCCCGCUAGGCGUCCAGGAGGCGAGCGAAACAAACCAGAGCCCCAAGGUCAACGAGAAAAUCGACAUCCUCAUCUCUGCUCAUCCUAAAGAGAAGCUGAGAGCAGAUCAGGUCAUGCAACAUCUCAAAUCGAAGGGCUAUUCGGUCUGGUCGACGACGGAAAUGGACAAAGAAAUACAGAAAUCGGGACUCAUCAGUCCUCUUGGCGAUCCACCGCACGCCCACACGAACUUCGCGUUCUCACCUACGAGUCGGAAUCUGAACUGGAUUCCAGAGAGUCCUAGUGAAGGACAACACACGCCCGCCUCCAGAGUUGGAUCCGGCGAGUCGGCGCGCCUCAGAGUCGCUCAAAGUAACCAUUUUUCGAAGAAAGCAGCUCAAACAACGCUCGUCAUAUUCCUGAUUUCUGACAGUUUCCUGAGGAGCACAGUGUCGAUGCAGCAGGUCUACUAUUGUCAGAAACGGAAGCACGUCAUCGUCGUGAAGACUGAACUCUCUAAAGAUCUUCCCUGUUGGUGGGACUCUCUCAUGGGCGCGGAUAGCAUCGACAUCGAAGCUGCUGAUUUCAAAGCUCAACUGGAUAAACGGGUCAAGAGCGAGCUCAAGAAAUCGGAUCCCGCGAGCGACAAUGAAACCGAGGAGAAAUACAUCUGCGAGAGGUGGGAGAACGAGCUGAAGAAACUCCCCUCCCAAGACGGCUGCGUCUACGUGUCGGGCUCAACGAGGGACAUCGAUGAGCGAACAACGAAAAUCUGCGAUGAAAUCGGGAAAAAACUCGCUCUGGUAGCUUCAAUCACCUUGAUCACCGGAGGUUUCUACGGUGUCCAACAGCUGGUGGCCAGAAGCUUCUUCGAAGCGCGGAAAAACCGCGCAGCCGCUGCCGACGCUGCACCGUCGACUGCACAGUCCUUGUUCCACCUUUUACCCGUGAGAGAUUCCGGCAACUACGCUGACGAUGCACCUCAAAAUAGCGACGGAACGUUUCGAGAUGCUGAAGGUGGCAAAACGCUCUACAUCGGGGACUCGAUCAAGGAACGGGAGCUCCUCGUCGGGAGGACAUUCAGCAUUUGCAUCCUCAUUGGAGGGGACGCCCGCGCUGCCCACGAAGCGGAACAGUUCCUGUGGAACGACCAUUUUGUAAUACCGAUAAUAUCGACGGGCGGCGCCGCAGGUGGCGACCACAACCUUGACGCCAAGAUACUCCAGAGCCCUCAUUGUGUCGAUGAGGCGAAAUGGGACGUACUGAAAGCUUCAGACGUGCCGCCGGAAGUUCUCGCCGAGAACGUUAUCGAAAUCUGGGACCGGCUACAUACUCAGAUGCUCGCCUUGGGACGGAGACCCGUUCGUCUGCUGCGCCAUCGACCGGUUGUCGUGAAAAAACGUCGACGCUUUCGACCCGACGCACUCGACGUGGACAAUGCCGGGGAGAACAGCGUUCCGUUCAUGGUUCCGGCGGAUGAUGAGGAUGCGUCAUCGCUGGGCUCCAUCGAGAGACCGACCUAUCUCAAGAGCUUGAAAUGGAUGCGCGCCUUCAGCCUAUUUAAUCGGAUCUCGACACACUUAUAGCAAUGGAGACUCGGUGCCCGCAGGUGGCGCUUCUGCUACUUCACGCGUCGAACGAAGCUUCCUGCUGGUGCCGACAGGAAAUCCUGAAAAAUCUGCCGGCGGCCUCGAGGAAAAUCACCCGCUGGCCGCAAAUUGCGCGCAAAACUCCCCGAGGGAGGCUCACGGGAUGUAGUUUUCCCGCUGACUAAGUUAUGAUGUUUAACGAAUGCUUAGGAAAAUUCAGUUGUAAUGUAUGGUCACAAAGCUGGGAAGAACACGAACGUGGUCAAGGGGCGAGCGAAUCGACGUAGUAUUCCCCGAAUGUACGGGAGGGAAUCGUGUUAUCACUCCUCGGAGUAAGAUCCUUCCAUGAUAGAUCUGUAUGGCGAAGACUACCCUCACUCACGUCGCGUCGUAUCUCCACCGAUAACACUACAGGACAAUGAUCGAAUUGCGUUGCGAAAAAGCGUUGACGGCUUGUAUAGAUUGUAAACGUACAAAGUAUCAUUGACGGAGAUAUAUAUUCAUGUGU